UUCCUUUUGACUUCAAAUUCAACCUCAUCAAAACCCCAAACCCAAAACCCUCACUUGCUUAUCAUCAUCAUCAAUCAACCCAAACAUUGAAUGACAUACUUCAUCCUUUUCAAUUCAAAACCCUAAAAAUCUCCAAAAAAAUGCUCCAAAUUUGCAAAAUCUACAGACAACCAUCAAUUAUAUCACCCUUAUUUCUCUCUCCUCACCCACCAUUUUAUCAUCCAAUUAAACUCAUUUCUUGUAGGCCUCUUCAUCACAGGUACACCAUCACUAUUAAAGCUUUUGCAACUGCAACUGCAACUUCUGAAGCUCUUAACAAUGGCGGUGACGACACCUUCUUCGCUAACGAUGCCAUUUCAUGGGCUUCUCUUCGUGUAUCUGAGAAGCUCUCUCGUUCUCUAAAUAAUGCUGGAUUUUCUAAACCCUCUUUGAUUCAGGCCGCUUGUAUACCAUCCAUACUAUCAGGAAAGGACACAGUUGUUGCUGCAGAGACUGGAAGUGGUAAAACACAUGGCUAUCUUGUCCCACUGGCUGAGAAGCUUCUUCAUGCACGCAAUGACCCAGGGAUUGAAGCUCCUGUUCUUGGAAAAAAUCACCUCUCUCAGCUUUCUCUGGUACUCUGCCCUAAUGUAAUGCUGUGUGAGCAAGUGGUUCGCAUGGCUAACCUUCUCUGUGGUGACGAUGGUGAACCCCUCCUUAGAGCAGCUGCAGUAUGUGGGAAGCAGGGAUGGCCUCAUAAGAAACCCGACAUUAUUGUCUCAACACCCGUUGCUCUUUUGAAUUAUCUUUAUGACGUUGAUCGAGAAAGAAACCGUCAAUUUAACUUUUUGCGUGGGGUGAAACAUGUGGUAUUUGAUGAAGCUGAUCUGUUACUUUGUGGCAGCUUCCAGAAUCAAGUUAUCCGUCUCAUAAAUAUGCUUCGUUUUGAUGAGAAGUUAUUGUCACGAUCAAAGACUAGUCCAUCUAAGGAAACAAAAGAAUUGAAUCCUGACAUCCAAUUGUCAUUUGAUUGUGAAGAUGAAGAUGAUCAGCUCGGCGAUAUUUCUGUGGAAGAAGAAGAUGAUCUGCUCAGCGAUAUUUCUGUUGAAGAAGAAGAAGAAAUUGUUGUCGAUAGUGCAAUGUUGGCAGAAGAGGUAUCCGGCUCUGGUGUGAGAAGGGGUUGGCGAAGAAGUCGUGAAAUUUACGAACGUAGUAAGCAGUAUAUCUUUGUUGCUGCAACUCUUCCAGUAAAUGGUAAGCAAACAGCUGGUGGAGUCUUAAAAAGGCUGUUUCCAGGUGCUAGCUGGGUUAGUGGAAAUUAUCUGCAUUGCCACAACCCUAGGUUAGAACAGAGGUGGGUAGAGGUGUCUAUCGAUACUCAAGUCGAUACACUUGUAAAUGCAGUGAAUCAAGGUGUCAAGUCCAAUUCGUAUGGUUCUGAUGCUGCUGUAAAUAGGACAAUGGUGUUUGCAAAUACUGUUGAUGCAGUGGAGUCAGUAGCUAAAAUACUGCAGUCUUCUGGGAUCCAAUGUUUCUGCUACCAUAGGAACAGCUCUCUUGAAGAAUCUACAAAGAACUUAGUUGACUUCAGAGAAAGGGGUGGCGUGCUAGUGUGCACUGAUGCUGCGGCUCGUGGUCUUGACAUUCCCAAUGUAUCACACGUUAUUCAGGCAGAAUUCGCUUCUUGUGCUGUGGAUUUUCUGCAUAGAGUUGGUCGUACAGCCAGAGCAGGCCAGUUUGGUGUUGUGACAAGCUUAUAUAGUGAACAGAAUCAAGACCUUGUUGAUGCUGUCCGUGAAGCAGAAAUGCUUGGAAAGCCAGUGGAGACAGCAUUUAGCAGGAAAAGAGGCUUCAGGAAUAAGGUUAAGAAGAGAGGUCGCAGCAGAGCUAGGAAUGCAUCCCCUGUUGCUGAGGUCCUGUAACAUGAUUCAAAUUUUGAGGUAGUUUCGAUCUGAAUUAUACCUGAGUUUUUAAUGUAUUCUAUUCUUAUAGUCUGUACAUAAAAUACUAUUGUCGGAUUUUCGAUGGAAAAGAAUCAUGAGAUUGAAAUCCCUCUGUUUUUUCUCUUUUUGAUAAUGAAAGGUAACUUUUUUUUUUAA